AUGACACUUCCCCAGAACAACCGGGAAUAUGGUACACAAGAGUACUGGAAUUCAAGAUAUUCGGAUGCAACUCCAAAUGACACAUUCGACUGGUUUAAAUCCUACGCAGAUCUUGCGGACGACAUUCGCACCCUUAUCCCGGAUAAGUCAGCGAGAAUACUGAUGCUGGGGUGUGGAAAUUCUAGGUUUUCAGAAGAUAUGUGGGAUGAUGGGUACAAGAACAUUGUUAAUGUGGAUUAUUCUGCCGUCGUGAUCGAGAAGAUGCAGGAAAGAAAUAGCGAAACAAGGCCUGAAAUGCAAUGGUUCGAAAUGGACGUGCGUUCGCUGACGUUUCCCGACUCUUCCUUUGAUGUUGCCAUUGACAAAGGCACCAUGGAUGCCAUGAUGACGUCCUCCACCGAUGUCUGGAAUCCACCCGAGCAAGUUGUCAAAGAUUGCGUAGCAGAGGUAUCGGGAGUGCUGCGGGUUCUGCGGACAACUGGGUCUUUUAUCUACAUCACGUUCGGCCAACCCCACUUCCGAAAGCGGUUUUUGAUGGGCGAACAUGCUCCAAACACGAAGUUGGAAAUCAAGACACUGGGGGAAGCGUUUCAUUACUUUAUGUAUGUUCUUCGGAAGGGGAGUUAG